GGUUCACAUCCGUGUUGGGGCUCAGCAGCUCGCGGUCUUGGCCGGAUGCACCGCCCAUGUUGACUCCAGUCCGCGCCACACCAGAUGGCGCGCAGAUGCAAGUCGCUGGACGCCGGCGGACAACUGCUUCCAGUCGUGAAGUCAACUGAUGCUGACUGGUUGGACAUCUCCACACGGUAUGCUGCCCUUCCCAGAGUACAGUGCGUGGAUCCUCGCGCUGAUGAUGGUCAGCGGACUCCACUGCAAGCGAAUAUCGAAGACAGUGAUAAUUUCUGAAAUGCUUAAAUGGGUGGAUGCUGAAAAAGCCUGUAGGACAGAAGGACCGGACUGUCACCUGGCGGUUGGAGAGGGUGAAGAAAGCAUCCAGUGGGACACAGUGAGCAUCAGUGACAGUCAGCACUGGAUUGGUGCAAAAAGGCAGCGCAUCGUAGCUUGGAGAGAAUCUGGAAGACCAUUGUUUAAGGCAACUGGCUGCUAUAGGACCUCGACUAGUCUCGGCAAUGGUCGCACAUUACCUCAAAACAACCCGGAUGAGUGUUUUCAAACAUGCAGGACGCAGUUUGUAGCUCUACAAGUAAGUGACUAUAUCUUGCCGGGAAAAUGUUUGUAUUGAAGUGGUAAAUAUGUA